AUGGGUGAGUCUUCAUGGAAAGAUAAACCAGAAUAUAUGUGGAGACAGAUUCGGGAGCUUAAUGUAUACGGGAUGGUGAAGUUAUUUAUGUGGAAAGCUGGGCAUGAUCUUCUACCUACUGGGGCCAAUCUCUUCAAGAAGCAAGUCUCUGAUUCCAGAAUGCAUACCAGAAUUUCAAGAAGAGAAGAUGUGAGGUGCGAAAAGCCAGAGGUGGGAAGUGUUAAGGUGAACUGGGAUGUUGCGGUGGACUCUCAUAUUAAAGAGGUGGGGAUAGGUGUUGUGGUGAGGGAUGACCAGGGGGAGGUUUUGGCAAGUUUGUGCUCACCUGUAGAGAAUCAAGAGGAGGCCUGUACAGCAGAGGCCUUGGCAGUUAGAAGAGCAUUAAUUUUGUCUAUAGAGCUAGGACUUGUAAGGGUGAUGUUGGAAGAUAGUAAAGCGUCUUCAGAGCGUUUUCAUUUUGGUCCUGAUCCAGACCGGGCUUGGGAGAUAGGGCUUUGGAAUCCUGCAACCAGAGAAUCUAAGAGGCUUCCGUUUGUCCCUCGCCCGCCUGAUUUUGUCCCUUUCCCCCCUGAUUUUCGCGUCCCGAGUUACAAGUUUGGCUUUGGUAUUGAUCUCAACACCAAUGACUUCAAGGUGGUUAAAAUCACGUGCUUCUAUUCUCCGCGGCAUUACCAAGUUGAGGUAUACAACCUUACUACUGAUUCUUGGAGAGUGAUUGAUGCAUCCCUCAACUUAGCCCAUUUUAUUUGUAGAUCUAAUUUUCCUUCAUACUUAAAUGGAUUCUGUUAUUGGUUGAUUUUUCCUCGGCGUUGCGACAGGGAGCAUAAUUUAUUGCUUUCCUUUGAUAUGAGCAAUGAGAUGUUCCGGGAAAUAAUGUUGCCUGAUGAUGUAGGAUCUCCUGCUGACAUUGCCAUUAUCAAUGACUCUGUAGCUGUGAUUUUUCCUACGUAUAGUAAUAGUAGUAGGAAUGACGUUGGAUUAUCAAUGGAGUAUGAAAUAUGGGUGAUGAACGAGUCUAUUGUGGAAUGUUCUUGGACUAAACUAUUUACGAUUGCAGUACCCAGCCGUCCUUUACAAUUUCGGGACUAUGGUUUGAUUGUGCUUAACGGCGGCCAUUGUGUUUCAGAUAAAUGUUUGGUAUUGUUUGAUCCAAGAACAGGAGAACUUAAGAAUCUUCCAAUAUAUGACGAAGGCUGGGAAACGUUUAAGCUGGUGAGUUACAGAGAGAGCCUAGUUUUAGUUAAUGGAUGGAGGAAUGUGCUUGAGCAACAAUACACAUGA